GAUGCUGCCGGUCGAGGUGGCCAGUCCGCGGCCGCGCUGCCUGUGGCUGUGCCUCCUGGCGUGCGUCCUGACGGGCGUCACCAGUCGGAGCGUCCCCACGCCGACCUUCGACGCCCCGUACCCAGACGAGCCAGAAGUGGUGCUUAAGCUAAGAGACGGCACAGAUGGUUGUAAAGGAUGGAGACUAAACGCCACGUUGGUGGUUUCAGUCGGACCCUGCAUUGUGAGGGCCAAUAAGGAUCACCAGGGUGUCCAGGCAGUGGAGCUGCGAAACCAGCGUGUGGCUGUUGCCAACACCCGUUGGUGGAAAGAGGGCUUGGCCUUCUUGUGGCUGCACGAAAAACUCAAGGGCUCAGGAAGCUCCAUAUCCCUGACAUUAGUGGAGCGCGCCCUAGAGAAGUUAGGCUCUUCGGAUGAAGAGCCCGACGUAGUACUCAACCUGAGAGACGGCUCAAGUGGGUGCAAGGGGUGGGUAGUUAACGCCACGUUAGUACUCUCUACGGGGGACUGUAUUGAAAGGCAUAAUAAGGACCACGGUGGCGUUUACGCCGUGCAGCUCCAGGACCAGCGUGUGGACGUCGUCAACACUCGUUGGUGGUUAGAGGGUCUGGCCUUCUUGGCGCUGCGCGAAAAACUCAAGGGCUCGAGCCCCACUUCCGUGGGGGUAGUGCUGCGCCCCUUGGUUUCUGAUUGCGGCUUCGCGUCAGCUAGCGGCCAGGCGUUCAUCAUCAAGGGCGAGAAUGCAUCGGUGAGCGAGUUCCCGUGGCACGCGGGGCUGUACCUGGACUCAGUGCAAGUGUGUGGAGGGUCACUGGUGCUGCCUCGGGUCGUCCUCACAGCCGCGCAUUGUCUCUUUAAAAGUGGCAAACAGUUCGACCCGAGCGACCUCAAAGUGUCCGUCGGCAGUCCUUUCAGGGACCUGUCGCAGACAACCACCGGAUCUCAGCAACGAAACGUGUCGCGGCUGAUCCCGCAUCCACGCUUCCGUGGCUUCGGUCGCAACUUCGCCGACGACAUCGGCCUCGUGGUGCUGCAGUCCCCCAUCGUCUUCAACGCCUACGUUGUGCCCAUUUGCGUGGACUGGGGCGGCAGUGCUGUGCCGAGGCCUUCCGAGAACAGCGUCGGCAAGGUGGUGGGGUGGGGCCGUACCGAAGACACGUCGCCCAGCCCCGUCUUGCAGUCCGCCCAGCUGCCCUUCAUCCCUUUCGAGAAGUGCGCCGAGGCCGUGCCGCCCACCUUCCUACCGUUCCUCACCCACGACAAGUUCUGCGCUGGAAAUGUUGGUGGUUCUUCAGUUGCCCCAGGGGACAGCGGAGGCGGCCUUGCUUUCCCGCAUGAUGGCCGAUGGUUCCUAAUGGGAGUGGUUUCGGUGGGGAUCCCCGGCCAACUCACGUACUCAGCCUUCACGGACGUGCACUUGUACAGUUCGUGGCUCAAUGAGACCCUGAAGACGAUAUAGUACAACUGUCUGAACCCAUGGUGUGAACUGUACAGAGAUAUAGAGAUAAUAAAUUUAUCGCUCAAACUUG